AUGGAUAUCCUCCAGAAGAGGAGGCUCGAUGUCCCGAGGUACUCCCGACCUCUCCGACAGAGUCCACUCCGUACCGUGACCAGCAAGUAGGAGGGGGUGGAUCAUGCUAUCCAUAAAAACUCUUGUUGGGAUGAUAUCGUACCUUGCCAAGAGUGGUUUCUGCCUGAUGAUAGCUGAAGGGAUCCUUGGAGAGUAAAACGCAAGCAUCACUUUCUGUUGCCCGAGGUGCUGGUUCAAAGGUAAUACUGCAAUGAGAUCACAUUGUGAGAUUUCUAUGUUUAGGAGAUUGUUUAGGUGCUUUUUAACCCCACUCAGAGUACGCCACCUUGGUGACCCUGCCCCGAUGUUUAGGCAGAUUUUCUUAGGUUGCAGGGACAAUGCUUGAUGUUUCAGUGCAGGAUUUGGUUUAUAUUUAGGGAUCACACUUCUUUUUUUAGUAGAAGGCAAGGACCUCUGGCACUUCAAUUCCCCCGUAUCUACAGUUGAUUCUAUGCCCACUCACAGUUGAUUCUAUGCCCACUCAUCUCCAGGGCACAAUUCUGAUUAUCACAAAGAAGGCACAGAUGUUGCUGGGGAGUGGAAACUCUUGCGAUUUAAAGCAGGGGAGGCUUUAAUUGAAAAGAAAAGCUGCAUAUUCUAUGAACAGUGCUGUUGUUGUUUAUACCUGUAAGCUGUGCUUGGCUUUGAUGGAUUUUUGGGAGCAUAAGACUGCAGUCACCACCACCACGGUUAGAAUUUCACCUCCAUUUCGGCAGAAAGGCUUGUGAAGUGUUACUGUGAACCCUGACCUACAGGUAAAUCUAGAGACAGCCUAAUGUAAGCUUUGAUCAUAGCACUGCAGGAAGCAUUCGCUCAAUUUCUGAGCAUUUGUGUCUUGUUCCCCCCACCCCACUCCUUUGCAGUCAGGUGUUUCCGCUGCCAGGUCUUUAAAGUAAGGAUGGGGACCCUGGACCCCAAUUCCCAUAGCGUUUUCCAUGCUGGCUGCAAGUUGGGAGUCUGACAUCUGGAGGGCCACAGGUUCCAUCCCCAUUCCUGCUCUACAACUUAAGUUUUCCUGUUUUUCCUAAAGCCUAGAGCAGAUCGUUGUCAGUGUGGUGGUGGUAGAUUUAGCCAAGGUUUCUGUGCAAGGGGAAAUUUGCUCAGUAGACUGUAGUUCUCAGCUGGUUUCCUCUCCCAUCAAGAGGAAUGGCUUUCCUGUAAGUGAAAAGGACAACUAAAGGAUUAUGUGAGGCUAAGGCAUGCUAUUUCUGUCACAUUAGCAGCUAAAGGCUAAAGGCUGUGAAAGAAACCAGGCCAGGCUCUUGUUUAGUUUGGGCGGGGUGAGCUCUGAGCAAGCAAAAGCCUUUUCUAUUUUUACAACUGUGUGUAUGUGCAUACAUUCCUGAGGGGAGAGCUGAGUGGACAGGCUCUUGUGGAGGCAUUUUUGAGCAUCUUAAAUAUGUAGUGCUUUAAUGCCUUUCACUUACUACACAAUCUUUGCACAGAAAACCCAAGCAUCCUCUAUAUAGAGCACAGCUGCUGGAUGUCUUAUCUACUAACCCCGCCCCCCCCCCCCAAAAUCAAGAUUUUUUUGAAGCUAAACGGUGUGUUUUCCUCCAGUGUACCUCAGGAGACUUAUUGGCAUACUAUACACCACUUAUUCUAUAAUGUGUUCCAGUUUAAAUUGGUGAAUACAGUGUAAGAAGGGAACAGUAGCAUUCCGUGGCACUGGCAGCAGGGAGGGAAACGGAGUAUGAAGUAAUCUCAUUUCCUUUUGUAAAGGCCUGUAGAAAGCAACCUCUGCAGAGGCAGCUAGGGUAGUUGCAGAAGGAAGGGAUGUAGCAUAAGUCCUGCAUUGAUUCAAAGCAAGAGCGUCCUCCUUUAAGCAUCCUGGUACCAAAAAUGGCCAACCAGAUGUUUUGCACAGCCCAUAGCAGGGUGUGAAAGCAACGGCUGUUCCUUAAUGUUUGCCUCCCCCUCCAAUUCUGCAAAUGGAAGUGUAACUAAGAAGUGUGGCAGUGCAACAUAAUGUGGCACUUCUGUUCAGUGUUCCAGUUACUCCAUUCCCUCCCCUGACUGCCCCACCCCAACCAUUCACUCUUUUAAAACCAUUUCAAGCCCACUGGAACAUGCUCAGUCUUCAUUGGCCUUUAUUGAUCCACCCUGCAUUUGGAGUGUUGUUGCUGUGGUGGUGGAGACACUUGUGCCCAAUUCCAGUCUUAGAAUUCCAGUCUAUGAGCUGCUCUCACUUUUGUCCCUGGGAACAUUUAAAAUAAUUACUCAGGGUGGAACCAGCAAUUGGAUAACCCAGAUAAUCAGGUUUCCUUUUGUGUGUGUGUCGCCAAAUCCCUAUUUCAUGGAGAUUGUGCAGGUUUGUGACUGUAUGAAUAAAAAAUUGAGAGGACAGUAUACUACUUCUGAACCUGGGAGUUUUGUUUAGCCAUCAUAGACAUCAUGACUACAGUGCCUGCUGCUAAACAUGGCCUCCAUAAAUUGGACUAGGCCUGCAUUAGAACCAUUCAACCAAAGGGUCAGCACAUUUUAUGGCUCAAGUGCCAUAAAUCAUGUGCUGUAGGUAGGGCUGGGCAACAUCAGCUUUUCAAAAUUGCGCUAUAUCGCCAGCCAAACAUCGUGGUGAUAUACCGAGAUGCUGAAAAAGCAAGCUGCAUUGGCCUCUGCCCGUGAGGCACCUGGUGAAAGUGCCCCAGCUCUCACCUUGAGAACUGAUGCGGUUUCACCCAGACACUCAUGGGCUGGGACAACACAGCUUGUUUGUGCAGCUCAGCUGGGGCUUGGGAAGGUUUCCCCCUCCCCAGCUGAGACAGCCCCUGCGCUCCUGCCGCUCACAGGUGAAUGGGCAGAGCAUCGUCAGCUGAGGCAAGGACAGCUAUAAACUCCUCAGUCAAGCAGUUUAAAGAUGUAGAGGGAGGAACAAGCUGUAUCGGCGCCUCGCCAAUACAGCUUGUUUCUCCCUCUGCAUUGUAUGAGGGCAGAGUGCAAUGGCGGUUCCACUCAGCAGUAUAUCGCUGGUGAAACCACCACCGCUUCUGAGUCCCUCUGCUAAGCAGCGCCCACUGGACGAACUCUUGACUCCCUCCAGCAGAUGCUGCUAGCAGAGGGACUCAGGUGCGGUGGCAGUUUCACCAGCGAUAUACCGCUCAGUGGAACCGACAUCGCGGUCUGCUCCUCAUAUAUCGCCCAGGCCUAGCUAUAGGAAGUCCUGUUGGCUGUUGUGAAUCUAUUCCUUUAUCAGUUUCAGUGGGUAACCUGAGCUCCAGUACAGUAUGAAAGGGAGAGGGGAGGAAAUGCUCACUCUAACCUUCUACCCAUUGCACCCUUUGAUAUCCUAUUUUCUCCAUGUCAUCUCUCUCCUUAUGUUAAUAACACCAAACACUUUAGCCUUUCUUAAUUGGGAAGGCGUUUUCAUUGCACUUCUCUGCCUCUUUUCUAGCUUUGUGAUGUCCUUGUUGAGUUGGCAUGACCAGAACAUGCAUGUAGUAGUCUAGAGGUGGUUGCCCCUUGGUUUUAAGAAGGACAUUAUUAUAUUGGCCGUUUUCAGUCCAUUUCCAAACUGGGCCCAGCAUGGAAUCUUCAUUCCUACACAGCAAUGCCAUUUUGAUUGUGCCAUCCAUUAUGACGGCAAGUUUGAGUCCCAGGUCAGUUUAGAAUUCUAUCAGUUUAUAUGUGAAGUUAUUUUUUUGCCUCAUUGUGCACUACUUUACAUUUACUUUUGAUUUCAUAUUCCAUUCUGUUGGUUAUGAAAUACGUAGUAGAAAGGCCAGUUUGGGGCAUCUCACACUUGUCACCUCCCUGCAAAAUUGUUAUUGUCCACAGACUUGACCUCCAGAACACUUAUGACUAAAUGAAGUAGCAGCACUCCCAUCACAGGUCUUUGGUAUGGCAUAGUACUUACCUCCUUCUCCUCCUGUGAUAACAGUCUCUUCUUUCUACCUGCGGAGUCCUGUUCGUCAACCAAAUCUUGAUCCAAAAGAGGAUCUGUCAUUUUAUCCCAAGAAAACUAAGUUCAGGCAGAGGCCUUAGGGAAGUUAUGUCACCAAAAGUAAAUGAUGCCUAUAAGAUCACUUCUCUACCUAUUUGGUUAACCCCCAGGUGCUUAUUAAAAUGUUAGGGAAGCAAAACUUCAACUUGUACAAGCCAUGCUUGUGCUACCUAUAUAAAGUGUCUUGUUCUACAUCAGGGUUGGGGAACCUGUGGCCAUCAGCUUCUGCUUGACUCUAACUCCCCAUUAGUCCCUGGCUGUAUUGCCAACAGUCAGGGAUGAUGGGAGUUGUAUUCCAGCGACACCUGGAGGGUCACAGAGAGGAGUGUGUGUAAAAAUAAUUUACAGUGCAAAGGUAUAAUUUAUAUAAGCUGCCCCACCCUCUAUUUAGUGUUUAUCGUCACCCCACGAAGGGAAUGACAGCCCUCAGACUGAAAAUGGUUCUUCACCCGUUACAGAGACAAGGCAUAGAAAGCACAUGUGCAUAGUAAUUAACAUAUGUGUAGAUCACAGCAUGUGCUGGUCUUACAAGUAAAUAAGUCACUAGCUAGCUAGCCUCCGCUGCAGCAGCUUCUAUGUAGUGAUGUCAUGAAAUGUGGAUUGAUCUUUCUGCCUCAUCUAAUUAAGAGUAGUUGAGUGUCUGGUUGAAUCUUUAUUUUUCCAGAAAGGCUUGCCUGUGGGAACUACUUUUCUAGUUCAGUGAUUGACCAAAGAACCUACAUUCUAGCACUGAGAAGCUGUUGGUGUGUCCCAUCUCUCUCCAGCCUGCACCCACUACUUAUUCCUAAUCAUUCACACUUUGGGGCUGUGUUUACCCAGCCAAAGGAGAACACUAGUAAGCGAGCACAGGGGAUGGGAUAGAAUCACUAUGGAGACACAAUUACAAAAACAAGACAGCUUGGACAGAUAGCAAACACAGAUACCAUUAUGCUAGGGGGUGUCAAUGUGGUGACUUACAGAGGUUGCUGAACCAUCCCUACUACUGGUUAUGUUGACUGGGGUCGAUAGGAAUUGGAGGGCACCAUGUUGGCUACCACUACAAAUGGGAGAUAGCUACAUAAUAGUUCAGACAAAGUUAAUCAUGCAAAAUGUUCCACUGAAAUCAAUGGGGCAAUUUGGGCUAAGCAACCACUGGGUCUCAAUUCAAUCAAUAAUAACAUAUCCUGCUGAUUUCAGUGGGUCUUAAGGCUGAUUAAAUAGCUGGAUUAGCAUUAUUAAAUUUCCACAAAUUUUUUCCCCAUGGUCCAAGCCCAGAAUUCUCAAAUUUGCUCACUUUAUUCUGGAUUCAAGAUUUUGGGAGGCCAAUUACAAAACGUCCUUGUUUCUCUCUCUCUCAUGUUAAUGGAAAGAAAGAGGAGACAAGACACUGCUGCACACAAAUUUUGAAGUGAGAAGAGUAUACAGAGAUCUCUGGGUUAGGAGUUCUAAGUAAAGAGAUAAGCUUUCCCCAUUUCCAGUUGGGUCCUUAAAAAGCCAACUGAGGAAAAGUUCCCAUUCAAAAGCAGAUUCUCCCCAGAUCUAGAACUUUGUUUCCAUGGAAUCCAAGAUGCUGUUGCAGGUGGUGUGUUGGGAGAUAUUCCAAGAUACUUCAUGGUUGAGAAUAAGGACUUUCUUUUAAGCACUGUCUUUAUAGCUUAAAGGAUCUUUCACAAAACCCUGAAAUUGUAUUGUAUCUUGAGCAGUAUGAGGGAUAUAUUUAUAUAAAAUACAGUAAGUUGAGUGGGUUCUAUCUUUGCAGCCCUCUAGUUCACAGGCUACUGUUUCUAUACAACCAACUGGAAGGUGAAAAAAGAUGUGAUUGUGCAGCAUUCCUGGCCUACAAUCUACAAAGAAUCUACAAAGAAGCACAAGUUCCAUGAGAGCAAAGGGAUCGUGUUCAUUUUACCAUGGUGCAGCUGCUUCAUAUACCUGCUAUUGACUUCAUGGAGCUUGAACAGGAGACCUUCCUAGUGGAAUGUUAGGCAGCCCCCCCACCUUAACCUCUCUAGCUUUCGAGUAGAGAUCAAAGGUACUAAGAAAAUUCACAUGGACACCACAUAUACACUCUAAAACACACAUACAUAUGCACACACAAAACUGCUGCCUUUUUUUUUUCUUAGCAAAAAAAUAAAAAAAUUUAUUGUCUUCUAGAAAAUCCAUCCUGCCCUUGGAAAUUGUGACACAAGAUUGCAUUUUUUUAAGCUCCACAUGCAAAUCCACUUUGCCAAGAAAGAGUGUCUAAAACCAGGUUUCUGGACAGCCAAACACACAUAUAUACAGAAUACGAGAAAGAACAACAGCUGAAAUCACAGUUCCGCAUUACAGUCUAUAAUAAUGGAAUCAAACACCACAUUGUACACACCACCUAUUACCUUUUGGCUGACUUCUACACAGACUUGAGCAGCUCUCUGUCCCAGCCACCCUCCACCCUCCCCUGCCUAGGAAAAUCCAAGGAGAGAGACUGGUUCAGAAUUGCCACCAUAAAUACUGUAGUGUGUAAUUUUAAGAAUUUAUAUAGAAUGUAUUUAUAUAUUUUUUUUCCUUUCAAACAUUGGAAGCUACAGAGUGGGGAAGCCCCAUAGAGAUCUUUUGAUCCACAGUCACCAAUUUGCAGGAAUACUUCACUUAUAAUACUUUUCGCCAGCAACAUCUACUUUCUGGUUGCAUUGCUCUAAAGGCUGAUAUAAUCCCGGAGGGGAAUCAAAAGGAGGGAAAAAUGAGAACCCCCCCCCCCCCAGACUGGUAAUAAAUACUUUUCCCUUUUGGGGACGGAACCAAUAUGGGAAAGUCCUGUCUGUCUAGUGGGACAGCACUAAACUGUUGAGUCCUUUAUGUCCUUCCAUGCUAAGGAAGGAAAUUCUCUUCAUUUGUCUGAGCUGUGCAGCCCUUGAAGUGGCUCAGGUUAAGCUUGGAGACUUAUGGAAAGUUAAAAAGAAAAAGGAAUUUUCCUGUGAAGAAUUCUGUGGGGUCUCUGGCUCUGUUUACAUGUGAUGCUAAGUGAUGGUUUAGCAUUAGAAGGACAAGCUGAAGGAAACCUUGGGUAUGUUUGCUCUGCUUGCCACCUCCAGCACUGCAACGAGGAGGAAACUGGAACCUUUUGCUUGAACAUUACAGCCAAACCGUAAAGUGCGGUUAAUUGUAUCUAUGGUUAUGGGGGUGGAGAGAGGCAGCUUUAUAAACCAUGGUUUGAAGUUGCUUUCACUAUCUGUAGUUAAGAUUAAAUGCAGUUUAUCCAGAUUUAAAUGUCACAAGAAUCUGUGGUUAGUCUAAAAUGGAAGUGAAAGCUUGCAAAGUCCUCUGUGUGAAUGCACCAGAGACUGCAGGGCUGCAGCUUAGCCUUGUAACACUGAGCCAUCACUUAAGUGUUACGUGCAAACACAGACCCUGUGUGCUGCAUAUAGGCAAUUCCCCACAAUAAAUUGUUAGGUGCCGUUUUCCCCUCUGCUGAAGUUGGGCAGUAGAGAAGCGUAGCCCAGCACCUCUGAGCUGUAGGAUUACUAGGUCAUCUGCCCGAAUGUGUGGAAAUUCCUCAGCCCCACAAAGCCAAUUGUUUUAAAAGAAGCAUAUACAGGUUAAUUCUUAACACUUACUUCUCUACUAAUUCUUCAGCUACCUGAUAGUUCUCUGCUGCUAAUCAAGGUAAGUCUACCAGCCUUUUUGAAUACUCUGGUUUUUGCAACCACAAUAUUCCCUUGGCUGGUAAAAUUAGUUAUAUUAGGAGGUCCUCCCCAAACUUUUGGAAUGACCCCCCCCCCAAUAGGCCUUGGCAUAGAGGCCAGAGAGGGAAUACAAGAGGCAUUCUGCUCAGAAGUGUGUGAACUUUCACAAUCCAAGCACAUCUCCUUGGGCUGUCCAUUUAGGAUGAUUUACUCUAGCACCAAAUAAUAGCUUUAGCAUCAGGCAAAACCCAAUCACAUAAUCCCAUUGGCCUAAAAAAAAACCCCAGUGCUGAGCAGGUACUAUUCAAAUCAGCAACUACUAGCUCAAUCAAGAUUUGCUUUCGGUUAAAAAAAAAUAUGCAUCUUUCCUCUCAUUCAUGGUUCAUCCCACCCUAUCCCGGUAAACAAAAAAUUCCUAUGCAGAAACUUAACCCAAAGUUACAAAACAGAUUGGUUUUGCUUUUCCAUUUGGUACCUAACAAACGCAUUCACAUUUCAGGUAUUUCAUUUCAAUAUUAAAAUUCAUAGAAAUCUAGGCUUUCUUUUUUCUAAAAAAAGUGCGUCUUAAAAGAGCUAAAGAAUGGGAUAGAGAAGCGUGGGCUUCUACGAUUCCCAGGUGUGGAUAAAACCAGCCUGCUGCUAUGUCCUCGUGCCUAUGCAUUAUACUGACAGAGACGAGGUAGAGGAAAAAGCAUAAUUGGAUGGGGAGCAGUCCGGAAUUUGUGGGGUUGGGAGAUUUAUUUAUUUUUUAAAUCCCAUUUUGGAUUCUUUGGUCCUUCACAAUAGAACAGACAGAUUGGGCUGUGGCACUAAAUGUAAACAGGCUUUUGCCUCUGGUAUAAUUUCUCCCCUGCACUGCACCAGCAAAGCAAUUUGCCUAGGGGGUGUUGUGGGGAGUGGGAAAGAGGAAUCUGAUAACCAGCAAGAUUCUAUAGAGUUGCCAGGCCUUAAAAACAGGACAAAGAAACUACCUCUAAGUUACGCUUGAGGGGACCAGUGACACAUCUAACACCCUCUGUAGGAUUCUGUUGGAGUUACACAAAGCUGUGGCAAUUCAGGACUAAACAAAUCGCCCCCCACAAAAUCAUCGUCUCACUAUGGACAAUCACAUAGAAAGGCAGAGGAAGCAAUAAAACACAAUGUUUACAAAACUAAGUGUUACAAACCAGUUACCACCAAAGAGCCUGAAAAUGGCUGCAAUUCUGUAUAAACACUGUAGACCCGAUUCAAAGAGUUUAUUUCCUAUGAUCUUUAAGUUAGUUACCAAAAUAGUUUAGUACAUUUUAUUUCCAGCAGAGUAUUAUUACUCCCCCAUAAUUUAAAUUUGUGUGUGUAUGUUUUAAAAAUGUUCACAUAUUUUAAACAAACAAGCUUUCCUUAAGACUGAGGCAUGUUUGCUGGCCUUGGAGACCAGGUAAGCCCCAUGGCACAGACAUUCAAAGGCUACAACCAAAAACGAACACAACCACAAGAGUCAGCCAGCAGCGUCUCUCCAUACAAAAAAGAAAAGAAAGAAGCCAAUUAGGUGUUCUUUUAAAAAAACACAACAGAUACUAGUACAAUAUACACAUUGAAAAAAAGCAGUUUUACCAAACAUAAAAGUUAAUUAAAAAAAAAAAUCCUAAACAGAGCUGCACUUUGAGAUCAUCUGGGAAUGCAUAUUAGCCCCCCAAAUAUGGGAGGGUGGAAUUGUGGAAGCAAAUCUAAUGAUGUACUUGCAUUAAAUAUGAAAAUACUCCAGAGGAAAAACCUGACAGUGAGUAGCUGGAUUACCCUUAUGAAAAAGAAUGAUAACUUAGAGUUUCCAGUGCUUUUCCAGGUUGGGGAAAGGUGGGUCAACUACUGCAAAUGAAGCAGAGACUGGUGAGCAAGGGAGUGAGAUUAUAAAUCUAAAUAUUACACUUUUACAUGUUAAACAAACUCCCCAGUUCAAAAUGACAGAUUAGAGUCCUUCUGGACUGGACCGUUGCUUUUUGUUGCCUACAGGCUGUUGCAAUGUCUGAACAAGUCAAAACAAACUGCAGUGGGAGUUCUACCACUCAGGAACUGCAGGACGACACAUUUACUGGAUACAAGCUUAACACAAAAAAUAUUCCAAACCACAAAUUUCAAUGAAAGUCAGUUGGAUUUAGGCCCCAAUAUAUAUUCCUGGAAGCCUACCACACAUAAUCAAAGGUUAACACAUAAUCAGUGAGUUAACACCAUUUGUAAAGCACUCUGGGAAGCGUGCAAAUUUAAUCUCAAUGGAAAUUAUUAGUGGAGGCUGCAAUCCUAAACACAUUUACUAGGGGGCAAACCCCAUUGCAUUCAAUGGUGCUUACUUCUGAGUAAACAUGCUUAGGAUUGCACUGUAAGUUUCUUUUUUAAUAGGUGUAGUUAAGUUCUGCUCAGAGCUUGGAAACCUUAUUCAUUCUGGCCCACAAAAGCACAAGAAAUAAAUUAAUGAUCGCUCCGAUAAUCCAGCUGCUGGUUGCUUGGGACCCAAAAAGAUUUCUGUCUAUUUGUAUAAAAAGCCUAACCUAUGAAAUGUAUCCCUCAAGGCUAGAUGCACUGUGCCCAGUAAGAGAUGGGCAAUAUAAAUAGUAGUCAAUGCUGUCCAUGACAAAUGGUUCUGGUCUAAGUAGUUCUCUAGCAAGUGCACACCCAAUAUUAAGGAGGAAUGCAUUUAUAGACUCAGACUUUAUGGUCGUUUUGGGAGAAUAUUCUCCAUCUUCAUGGAAGUUGUCUACUGCAGGUACCCAGACAAAUAAGGGCAUUUGCAGCUACACUAAGGUGACCCAGAGUUAACAGAGAUGCUAACCCAAAGGAACAACUAGACUAUCUUUCGUAAGAAUGAGCAGAGCAGUAGAAAGGGCACGUCUGCAUGGGAGCGUCUCUCAUUUUUGGCUUGGUGCUUUUAAUGCCAAAGCAGAAGGGCAGGAGGAUCAGGCCCCCACCAACUCCAGAAUUACUCUCUGGGCUGUGCAAAAGUGUAUCACAUACAUGCCUGAUGAAUGUUCCCAUCUGUUGGGGACCAGUCCCAAGCCUCUGGGCUACAAAGAUUCGACUGCACACAAUUCAAAUGGACCAAACACAACUGAUCCCAGAUGCAGCCUAAGACUAUAGAAAGCCUUGGGUGUCCCCAGAUCAUCUAUAGCUAAACAGAGAUCACAACCAACGAUAUCCUCCUGCAAAGAAGACAGGCGAGCUUCACCGGAAACCUAAACUAGUGAGGAGUAAGAUAGAAGAGUAAGAAGGUUUCCCUAGUCAGAAAGAAAAGGAAUGUAUUUGAGAAGUGAAACACUGUGGACUCUGGGCAACCCCAUCUUUUCUUGCCUACGAACAGCGCUUUAAGUAUGGCCUCGUGGCAUUCACUAUAAAUCAGAAGAAUGUGAAGCGGAUUAGGAACGUAACUCCACUUGACACCUAAGCAGCUAGCUAAUCUUUCAAAAGAGGAUAUUCCAAUAUCUUGGAUUCUCUGUUUGCCUGCUCCCAGUUCUGCAUUUUGUGAAUCUAUUUCUUCCCACUGGAAACAUUUUCAUAUUGGGGUCCCUGAACAUUUGCAAAAUUCUGUUUGUGUCCCAUGGCUGUGAAUUUAAAAUUAUUUCUUCCUCACAAUAUCUCCGCUAUUACUUUGCAGAAAUUACAUCUGAAGGAAAUCCAUGCUUCAAUUCAGUAUGCAACUCCAAAUUUUUGGCAGCAAGAUAGAAACACACAGUGUUAACUUCUGAAAAUGUCCCCCGUUCCUCUAUCACAUUCUACAUUCCCCAAGUUCAUGGUGGUGCACCACAACUUACUGUAUGCUAGCAACACAAAGUGCUGUCCAGGGCAAACAGAUGAGCUUGCUCUGUUAAAAAACCUGAAUGAUUUUUUCUUAACACUCAUAGCAAAAAACCAACCCUUGUCUGAACUAUAGGGUGGAUAUGUUACACCACGACGCUGGUAACAGUACCAUUCGUGGUAUGGGAACAGCAGCGGAAGAGACAUAUUGUUUCUACCCAUCAGGAAGUACCAAGUAUUAGGUUUAGGGUGAGUAACACGGCAUCAGCUGACCAAAUGUAGACCAACUGAACAUUGUACCCUCUAGCCAGAUACUUGACCAAUACCCCAUUUCUGCAGUCCCAGGCAGGCAGACAAAAACAGGAAACUGAUUUAGUCCCAAAGGGCCACCCUACCUAACUGGUGGGUCACAAGUUAUGCAAGCCUGUAUUAGGCAGACUAAAAAAGUUUAAAAGGUUCCAUCUACCUCCAUUUAAUUAUCAAUGAAAACAAAGCCUAGGAAGAAUACCCCCGCCCUAACCUCCAGCAAGCAACCAGAAAAGACACAGGCUUUUCCAAAGAGGGUCUUCAUCAUUUCACACUUCCACCUCUACCUGCCACCUAGAAUGCCUUCCAUUUGCAUUACCCACAGCUCUGAAGCACAUCCUAAUUGCCAAGAGAAUACAGACCAACAAAUCUGACUUUUCCUCUUUACGAAGUUCCACUGAUAAGUAAUGCCUUUGAGUAAAACUAUUGUGACUACUGGCCUGCCAUCACUGGUUUGUUUGAAAUUUUGCUCCUUUUGUUGCUUUGGUAGAAACCUACAAGUGUGUAAAAAGACUUUUAAAAAGCGAAUGCUUGUUUUUCAAACAGAUAUCCAAAGAUCCUCACCCAUACUGAAGGCCAACAAGAGUUCUGAAUGCCUGAAGCUCUCAACGGGGAAGAACUGCAAAGGGGAUUCUCUUGUUGUUAGGCUAAGAGCAUGUCAGCUGCUUUAA